GCAUUGCAGAAAUUGAUUGAAUCAAAGGACUACUGGAAUGAAAGUAAAGAACGACAGUUCCCAGGGCCUCUUGUGUUUUUUAUUGAUAUCAUGAAAGAAUUUGCUUCAGCAGCAAAGUACUUGGCUGAUAGCAUAGCAAACUUUGAUAAAAAGUUUCAAGAAGCUGCAAAGGUGUUGCCUGAUGAUGAUAAAAUGAAGGUUCUGCUGGGAAAAGUCCAUGGACUCUUCAACACAUACUUAACAGAACCAUAAACAUCUGAAAAAGAAAUAUCAUUGACGCCUGAUGAUGACUUCUGGACUGAGGAGGUUUUAAGGGCAGUUGAAGCUAUUGAAAAGGCUCAGAAAAAAAAGAAAUGACAGGCCUACAUUGACACGAUAUGAAAAGCCCAGCAUCACACUGCUUUCACAAGAAUCAAAUGAGCAUACUGAUCUUCCUGAGCAUGAAGAACAUCAGAAUGAGUAUGUGCAUGAGGUUGAUGAGCAUGAGCAUGAAGCUGAAGAAGUGUAUGUGGAUUUAGAAGCUAUUCGUGUGACUGAAAAGGGAAAGCAAGUUUGUAUUGAAGAAGAAGGUAAAUGUCACGAAAAUGUAGUGAAAGAAAAAAGACUACCACAGCGAACCUUGCCCUCAAGUCACCGUUUGUGAUAAUGGUUACAGAAAUAAAGGGGGAAUAACUACUGAAGAAGUCAAACUAGCUCAAUUUGUCUUUGACGAGAAGUCUGAUAAAACGGCUGUGUUAUACAAAGAAGAAGAUCUGGUGCUUUCGAGAAGUGAGAUGGACAAUUUGAACAUCAACUGUAAAGUCAGUCCACUGCUCAUAGAUUUAUGGGCUAUGAUUUUGAACGAGAACGAGAAUUUGAAAAGCACUGAAUCAAGGAAUAGAUUGAUAUUCACGACAAUGCCAUGUAGAGUAUUGGAGGAAAAUCAGCUUAGUGCUCCAGCAACUCGAAAAAGGAGGUUUAUUGAAGCUACACUGAGCCAAUUGAUCAAGAGGGCAUUGCCCAAAGUGAAGAACAUGGACUUGUUUAUCUUCCCGACUGAACAGAAUGGUAGCUACUACCUUAUGAGCUUUGAUUUGAAGUACAUGAAGUUCUUAAUAAUUGAUAGCUGUGACAGGGAAGUAUCAAUACAAAUGAAGUAUUUUUCACUACCAACCCAAGUGGUAAGUAUAAAAAUCUAUAUUAUUUGUUUUUAAAAAUGAGUAUAGGUGCCAAAAACAAUGAGUAUCUUUACAUAUUUUUUGUGCAAAAUGUUUAUAAAUACUUCAUACAGAAACUAUUUAAUUGCUUAAAUUUACAAAAAAGUGCUGUUUUGAAAUGGCUGAAAGAAGAGAAGCAUCAACAUGCAGACAAAGUGAAGACUAUGAAGCCAGAGAUGAUAAGAAUGGGAUGGAGAAACAAAAAAAACAAAGCCAAUGAAGGAGUCUACCUUAUGAGACAUAUGGAAACUUUUAAUGGAGAAACUAAGUGGGAGUGUGGCCUAGAAAAAGAAAAUAUAAAAAACAUCCACUUUUUUUAUUAAAGAUUUAUUGUUAUUUUACUAAUAUGUGAAAACUAUGGAAUGUUAAUACUAACAUAUAUAAUCAUUCUGGAAAAUCCCAUUCAGAUCUUGAGGUUUAAGUACUUGCAUAAGAUGUUGACUGAUGGAGUAAUGGGACUAGGUCCAGAGCCUAAUCAGCCCAAGCCUCGAACUUGGACUCGUGGAUCCAAGUCCACAACUUGGAGCUUGCCUGCCAGCCCAGCGGGGAACCUGCCAGUCCGGGCGACCUCCCGGUCCGGAAGAGUAACGGUCAAGCAAUUAAUUCGCUUUUAAUUAUGUAUUUAAUUCCGUAUUAAUGCUGUAAUUAAUUAGUCAUUAUUAUCGGUAGCGGUUACGCUUUGUAUACGCCUAUAAAAGGCGGGCUGUAAUUCAGAUUAGAAGCAACUUCUAUAUGCUAUUUCUGGCUAACUUUCCAUAUUCGUACUUUCCUAAUUCUUGCUUGAGUGUCG